AAUCAAGAUCUCGGAUUCAAUCUUAUAUAAUCAACUAAUCAAGAAACGAAAGAAAAUCUGAAAUUAAAUAGGUUAAGACAACGAAGAGAAGGACGAGCAAGGAAGAAGAGGACCGACUACAGAGAAGUGAACAUCGGCCCAUUGCCCAUCGUUCGGUGCUCCGCUGAUCACGGUUGUGCCCCUACUGCUCCGCCACAGCUUGCUUGCAAAAGAUCCUAUGUCUAGUGUGGAGGAUAACAAAGAACAAGGACAGAUGGAUGUAAAUACAUCUAAUGAGGCCAUGCCAUCAACCAAGGAGCAGGAGGAAGUUAUAAAGAAAAAAUAUGGAGGACUUCUGCCUAAAAAGCAACCACUUAUAUCAAAGGACCAUGAACGUGCCUACUUUGAUUCUGCUGAUUGGGCGCUUGGAAAGCAAGGAGGUGAAAAGCCCAAGGGACCACUUGAGGCUUUACGGCCAAAGUUACAGCCAACACAGCAGCAAACGCGUUACAGGAAAUCUUUUUGUGCUCCUUCAGGAGAAGAAGGAGGAAGUGUUCCAUCAGUGGAUGCGCCUUCCAACGAGUAAGCAGUCCGUCUUUUGAUGAUCUGCUGAGUAUUAUUCUGACACCAUUUAGUUGUUUCCAACAAUAAGUUGUUCAUGUUUCUUAGUAGCAUAAGACAACUGAAUCUAGCCUGCUGCUCUGUUGUAGACUCUUAUUGAACUAUGAUUCUUAUGAUUUAUGGUUACAUCCCUUUAUCUUUUA